GAUCGAUCCUACUUUCUCACAGGAGACUUCACGCGUAGUAUAUACAAAGAAGAUUGCUUCUUUGCCGAUCCAACUAUACAAUUCCAAGGAAGAGAUUUGUAUAGACGCAACUUAAUGCUAUUAUCUCCAUUUUAUGAAAGUCCAUCGUUGGUUCUGCUGGAUAUCAAACCAGACCCAGAGGUUUGCGAAAGUGAUAAAAAAGCUAUAGUCGCGUUUUGGAAGCUAAGAACAUACUUGAAGCUUCCAUGGCGGCCACUGGUCACGCUGGAUGGUUCCACCAAAUACAAGCUUGACUCCUCGUGCAGGAUAACCUCGCAUGUUGAGAGCUGGAAUAUCUCUCCACUGCAAGCUCUAUCACAGUUAUUUAGAAGCGGCUUAUGAAGAAGACGGAUGCGUUUGGAAUAUGCUAAUUAUGUGGUACUGGAAACGUAUGAGAACAUAUCUCACUCGGUCACUUUGCUAUGGUCCACGUGCAUUGGAUAUUUGAGUCUGGGUACGAGAAGAAUCAGCGCUGCUAAGCGGGUCUGAUUAUUUCGGGGAAUAGGCGGUGCCCUGGGACAGGAGCAACAAUGUCUGUGAGAGCAGGAGGAGUCUUUGCAAGCCAAAUCGGUACCAGAUGUAGCGGCUGCCACAAUCGCCAGUUCAAGAUAUACAGCCAGCCACGGGUUGCAAGGCCAGGAGGGGUCUUUGGUCUCGGCCGUCAUACCAUUGCUCUAGCAGGAGCACCUGGAAACAGGACUAAGCAGGCGGCUACUACGAAGGAAAAUUCUUUGCUAGUGCUCGACGAGAAUGGUAGCGGAGCCAAGAGGUUUUUCAGCAGUGUUUCGAGCAACAUCCAGAAGAUCAUCAGCGAUACUCUGAAGGUUCUGCAGAAGCCAGCGAUAGCUCUGCUCCUCAUUGGGCUACUACUGGGUUCUCCAGAGGAUGCUCUCUCGGCAAGCGGUGGAAGAAUGGGAGGAAGAUCGUUUUCAUCUGGCGGUGGUGGUAGAUCAAGUCAGACGUACUCUCUACCUCGGUCCGGGGGCUCCAGCUCCAGCUUCAACGCGUACAGCUUCGUGGCUCCAUCACCUUUGAUUGGAGGUGGAUUGUAUUUGACGCCGGGAUACAGUGUUGGGUUCGGAGGCGGUGGCAUCGUGCUUAUGUUGCUGCUUGGAUUCGUGGCGUUUCAACUCGUCAGCGGCUUUUUAGUAGAUCGCGAUCAAGAAAUAGGCACAACGAAAACGAGUGUUAUGAAACUCCAGGUAGGCCUGCUUGGAAUGGCUCGCUCGUUGCAACGGGAGCUAGAACAACUGGCCAAUCGUGCAGAUACCUCGAAUCCAUCCGGACUACAUUAUAUUCUUACAGAAACUGUACUCUCACUUAUGCGGCAUCCGGACUUUUGCAUUUCGGGGACAUCAUCAUCUGAAGUAAAGAGGUCGGUGGAAGCUGGCGAGGCAAGGUUCAAUGAGCUGUCUCUGGAGGAGAGAGGCAAGUUCGUCGAGGAAACGCUCGUGAGCGUGGACAGCAUUAGGAAGCGAACUAGUCCGAGAUCGUUUUCGGGCAAGACAUUCAACAACGAAUACAUUGUGGUGACCGUCCUGGUAGCUGUGCAGGGAUCACACAAGCUACCCACAGUAAACAGCAAUGCGGACCUCAAGGCUGCUCUCAGCAAGCUUGGAUCCAUUCCCGUGCAGCAGUUGCUCGCAGUGGAGGUGUUGUGGACGCCACAAGACGAGAAUGAUGCUCUCACCGAGAAUGAGCUGCUAAGAGAUUAUCCACUACUCAGGCCGCUGUGAGACGAAGAGAGAAGCAACCUUUGUUUUGGAAAGCGAUGAUCCUUAUCCAAAACGUUGGACUUUGGUGCCACUUGCUGGGAUUAGAUAGCUAAAAGGAUGGCCGCGGCAUCUCAUGAAGUAUAGCAAAUUCCAAGGCUGCAUUCUACGUCGCUCCAAACGACACUUCUCUUUUUUUUUCUUCUCUCGUGCUGAGCACAGGGAAUAAAAGAUUCGCGAGACAAGGGAGAGGGAUAAUAGAAUAUGCCCACGAAAGAGUUGACCUA